CUGGGGACACCACUGUCCCCUCUCUGGGGGGCUCUGGUGGCUCCAGGACCUCCCUGAGGUGGCCUCAGUGGCCGUGGUGGCCCUGGGGCUCCUUCAGGGGGUGCCCAGCCCCCACCCCGCUGACGAGCCAGCCUUUGGUGACAGUGGAGGUGACAAGGAGGUGACAAGGAGGGCGUGGGGUGACUCUGUCCCCUCUCUGUCCCCCCAGUGUUCGAGUGCCCCGUGUGCCACCAGCAGUGUCCCCUGGGUGACAUCAUGGAGAACCUCUUCCUGCAGGCCAGCACGGCCGCCACGGCCACCAGCGGGCAGCGUGUCCCUUGUCCCCAGAGCUGCACCAGCUGCGAGGACAACGCGGCGGCCACCAGCUUCUGCCUGGAGUGCGCCGAGCCGCUGUGUGACACCUGCGUGGAGGCACACCUGAGGGUCAGGUACACCCGGGAGCACAGCGUGCAGCCCCUGGGCUCUCCCGCCGUGCCCGGUGCCGGUGCCGGUCCGGGGCCGUGCCCGGCGCACCCGCCGCAGCCGCUGUCGCUGUUCUGCAGCGCCUGUGACGCCCUCACGUGCCGCGAGUGUCACCUGGGCCCGCACCGCCAGCACCCGUGAGUGCCCCCUGCGCUCAUCAGCGCUAAUUAGCGCGGGGCCCGCGUCAUUAGUGCUAAUUAGCGCCAGGGCAAUCAGCCACCGCGCAGGAUAGCCGAACGAACGGGUUUAGUGCCAGGGCAGCUGCGCAGCAGGGCCGCCCGUGGAGGUGGCUGUAGUUAAUUAAUGAGGCUGAUUAAUUACCGGGAAACACCUAGAGUCGGCCUGCUGGUUAAUUACUCCUGUUGAUUAACUGCUGGUUUUGUUAAUGGUUUUAUGACUGAGUUUAUUACUCAGUUU